AUGGGGAUCUCCCCCUGCCCCUGCCAUAAAGUGGCCCUUUGGGAAUUUGCUAUUCAGCUGGACGAAAGUACUGAUAUAUCUAACUGUGCAGUGCUCCUGGUGUACGUCAGAUACGUACAGGAAGAUGACUUUUUGGAAGAUAUGCUUUGCUGCUUAACCUUACCUACUCAUUCAUCAGGAUCUGAGAUAUACAGAGUGCUGAAUGACUGCAUAGUUGGAAAAUACAAGCUGAAAUGGGCCAAUUGCAAAGGAAUUACAACCGAUGGAGCAGCAAAUACGACUGGGAAAAACAGCGGUGUUGUGACAAAAUUAUCAGAAGCAGCCGGUAAUAAUGUAAUUUGGAGACAUUGUUUCAUCCACUGUGAAGCGCUGGCUGCCAAAGGUAUCCCAGACAAUCUCAGAGGUGUUUUGAAUGACGUGAAAGUUAUCAACACAGUCAAAGGAAGUGCACUUAACAGUCGGUUGUUUGAACUCUUGUGCCUGGAGAUGGGAGCUGAUCAUUCACACCUUUUGUACCAUACGGAAGUUCGAUGGCUCUCCCGCGGGAGAAUUCUAACAAGGGUUUAUGAGCUAAGAAUGGAAAUUCAUAUUUUUCUUCUCGAGAAAAAAUCCAGUAUGGCAAGCUUGUUUUGCAAUGAUAAGUGGAUUCUAAAACUUUCAUAUUUAUCAGACAUUUUCUCAAAGCUAAAUGAGCUUAAUCUAAAACUGCAAGGGAAAGAAACUGAUGUAUUCCGACACUGUGAGAAAGUAGAAGCAUUUAAAAAGUCAAUAAUGCUUUGGCAAGCAAGGCUUGUUGAUCAACCUCUUUACUAUAUGUUCCCAACACUUUUGCAGCAUAUUGAAGAACAUAAUAACACCAGUGAAGAAACCAUGAAGAAAUUGAAAUGUGAUAUACAGCUGCACCUCCAUUCUUUGUGAAGCAGUUUUGAACAGUAUUUUCCUGAAGAAAACCUUAAGAAUAUAAGAGACAACCAUUGGGUGAAGGACCCUUUUGCAUUUGAAAAACCAGAAGCUGUUAUAGGGCUAAACCUUACACCUGAUGAAGAAAAUGAACUUCAUCUGACAAGUGAUACAUCAUUAAGAAUCAGGAUGCGGUCAUCACCUCUGUCAUCAUUCUGGAUAAGUGUUUCCAAGGAAUAUCCACAUCUAAGUAAGAAAAGUAUUUUACUUUUGAUCCCCUUUACAACUACAUACUUGUGUGAAGCUGGGUUCUCAACCUUGACAAAACUAAAAAGCAAAGAAAGAAAUCGACUCAAUCCUACAGCCGACAUGCGUGUGGCGUUAUCCUCCUGCAAGCCAGACUGGAAUCAGAUAACGAAAGACAAGCAGGCACACCAGUCACACUAAACACGUAAGUGCAGACUAUUUUUCCUUGCUUUCAUGCAGCAGUGUAUUCAACUUUACUCCGAUUUCGUAUUUUUUAUAACUUUUUAGGUAAACUUAACAUGUUUUCAAUAUAGCCAGUUUUAUAUAGAUGUGUGUGUGUGUGUGUGUGUGUGUGUGUGUGUGUGUGUGUGUGUGUGUGUGUGUGUGUGUGUGUGUGUGUGUGUGUGUGCGCGCGCGCGCAAUAUAACUGAUAUCAAGUUUAUGAAGAGAAAGGUACGAUAAAAUGGACAUUCUGGGUUGUGAAGGUAACACAGAAAAUCAAACUGGGUCGUGAUGAAAAAAGUUUGAAGAACACUGCUCUAGACAGCUACAUUGUCCCAGAGUCUCAGGGUUGUUGGCUGCUGGACCCGUGGCUGUGAUUUGCAGCGGAGGUCUCGGCAAUACAGAGCUAAGUGGUUUGUGUUGCAGCAGACGUGAGAGAAGGUGGCUUUAUAUUUUUAAUUUUAUGUACUUCGUUAUGUCUUAACUGUGUUUUAUGUUUUUUUUAUGUCUUUGCUUUGUGUUUUACUUUGCUCUGUUUUGUGUUUGUUUUUACACAAUAAAUGGAUAAUUUUACAAUAACUUUCUGAUAAGCCCCCGACUUAUUAAUCGGCUAGCGGCAGUGAGCUAAUUACACCGAUGAGCCUGGGCACAUGAAUGCUCUAAUUAACACAAACACAACACCUUAACAAAGUACCGCUCAUUCUCAUUUAUUUUCGUUCUCACUAACAAGAGAAACACAUAAUCCCGACUUUCAGUGUUUACUGAAUUUGUCCCUCGUAUUUUACUUACAUUCACUUUAUUGGGUCUUUUUCUUUUCUUUUCGAUGUGACCGCCAGUAAUGCUUUUGGUCUUAAUGGAACUACGGGAAGUAGUACCUUUUGCAAUAUUCUCAAGAGACCAAUUUGGCUUAGAGUUAGUAUAUGUUAACCUACGAACUCAUCUCUCAUUUUACUACUACAAUUAUGCUGGCAUUUCUUCCUUUAUAUCUGCUACGACUAGUUGAAGAUUCCUCUAAGAAUUUCUCUCUUCCGCAUUUCCCUCGCGGUCGUGCCAUCUCUUCACUGAACGUUUUGUAUUAUUUUGUAAAUUCGACAAAUUCCCUCCCUUUUAAUCACCUGCUCAUGGGAUUCCCAAUAUUUCAGGAAUGUGCGGCUCGAGUGGAACCUAUAAGAAGGUCCUUCUUAUGUUUUUCCAAUUAUAGUCCAUUAAUCGACUUAUGUCACUUACUUUUUCUCCACGAUGUCUUUACCAGUUGCAUAUUCUUUUACCAUUUAUUUUAUUUGCGCUGCAUGAUAUGCGCACACACAGCGGGAUUUUCUCGCCAGCAACUUAAUGGCCAUUUUGCUGCUCAGACCUCGUGUUCAUCAGAUUUCAUUAUAGUUUUUACUCGUCUAUCGGUUACCUGGCUCUAUU